ACAUCUGUCAGCGCAGGAACACUGGAGAGUUUGGACCUGCGUCUGAACUUUGCGUCCAGUCACUUUGAUUCAGAGUUUUACAGGGAACGCCAGGCUCGUACGCGCAAGAUAGGUUAAGAGGAAGCGAAGUGUAAUAAUAGCUCGGCUUUUCGCAUGAACACGUUUUCAGUUCUCGUUCUGGAGUUUAUUAUUGUGUUUCGUGCGCUUUUACGCAUCAAGUGCAACAGUAUCUCCAAACUUCAGCCUGUCUCUGCCAGUGUCCCUCUGAGAUGGAGUGAUCACAUGAGAACAACCUCAUUCUCCUCAAGACACAGCAGAAGUCCAUCAUCAUCAUCAUCAUCACAUGCUGCAAAUAUGAAGCAAAUCACUAAGCCCAGCAGAAUCCCGUCAGAGAGUCACUUUAUAACAGCAGGACGAGCUCGAUCAGCCAGUCGACAGCCGCCCUCAUUGGACAAGCUGCCCGAGCAGUACCUAAUUGGACAGUGGCCGCGAGAGCCGUACCAACCCCAGGCGUCCUGUAUGAGUGAUAAAGCCACACAGACGCCUGGCUUUUGGACUGAGGACGGAGGAGAGGUUAACGUACACAAACGCUCGGCAUCGUGGGGCAGCGCUGACCAUCUCAUAGAGAUUGCUAAACUUCGUCAGCAGCUCCAGCGCAGUUUGCAGGGCAGCCGCAGUAUCAAGGAGAAAGAAGAAGUGAUGCAGAUAAAUCUGGCUCAGCCAAAGCGGCUCUCGGCAUCUUCAUCUAAUAUGGUCAUUUCCAGACCCGUCAUUUGUCGAAUGCCCAGCUAUAGUGACUGUGUUAACCAGGAGCUGGAGAACGUCUUCAUCUGUGAAGACUGGGGUAGAGAGGAGGAGAAGGCUUUGGAGGUGCGGGACGGCGGCCGGGCUCCUGUUCCUCCUCUUCAUCACAGUGAGCUUCACACACACAGCGCUGAGACGCAGAUCUCCUGCAGCCCCUGUUACUGCUGCUCUCCCACCGGCGACGCUGAGAAAGAUUACAGGUGUGGUUCACCUCUGCCUCAGUUUUCCAGCUCUCCCAAACCCAACAACAGUUACACAUUUAAACGAGAGCCUCCCGAAGGUUGCGAGAAAGUAAAAGUGUUUGAAGAUCUCAUUUGUAGGACAAAAGGUUUUCCCAUCUUUUCCUGCCCAGACAGAAACAAGGUGAACUUCACUCCGAGCGGCUCGGCCUUCUGUCCGGUGAAGCUGCUGUGUUCGUCUCUUUUCCCGUCAGAUGAUGCUGCUCGUCCCAGUUCGCUGGAUAAUCAAACUCCAGGACAGACGUCUGGUUCGUUUACAGAGGCCACAGUACAAAACGGCUUCCCGCUGCGGCCCGUGACGUCUGAACGCUGCAGUAUUAGAAAGUGCCUGCUGCUCAGUUAGCCAAUCACAGCUCAGAUCUCAAACAGCUGAAAUUUCUAGGAAAUGUCGUACUUGCUAAUGGUACAAAAGGACAAUUAUGUUGAACUUUGUCUUGGGGUUUCAUGUAUUUCCACAAGAAUGCACAAAUCUUUACUUAACCUUACAGCACAUCCCACUAACCAGGUAAAAUGCAUUAGAUAUGAGAUAAUCAACAGGCCAACAGCCAAAAAUGUGCUUCAUGCCUUAACACAUAACUCAGGUUUAACUUCCAUUAGGGCUGGACAUUAUAGCUAACUAAUUUCAACAUUUUGAGUCGUUUGAUGAUGUAUAUAUAUAUUUUUUUUUUCCUGUAGAAGCAAUAUAAUUUCAUCCCAGCAGUGCCAGCAAAAUGAUUGUGAAUAUAUUGUGCAUAUUUAAUAUGCUGCCCAGCUCUAACAUCCUUACGUUUGUUGAACAGUAAAAAUGGUUUUGUGUUUUUAGCCUCUUUUAAUAAUGCAACACUGUUAUGGUGUAUAAAUAUGACUGCUGGAUGCUCACAUUA